AUGUCACAACAGAUCCGUGAUACUUUUGCCCAGUGUAAGGCCGAGCAGCGGCCUGCUGUGGUUACUUUUUUAACAUGUGGAUUCCCGGGAAUUGAAGAGACUGUUCCCCUGCUUAUGGCGCUUCAAGAGGGCGGCGCUGAUAUCAUCGAGCUCGGUAUGCCGUUCAGUGAUCCGGUGGCUGACGGCCCGGUAAUUCAAAAGGCCAAUCAGAUCGCUCUUGACGAGGGCGUUACCAUGAGCACUGUGUUGCAGGCUCUGCGUAUUGCCAGGGCCACUGGCCUCAAGGUUCCUGUUUUGCUCAUGGGCUACUACAACCCCAUUAUGCAGUACGGCGAGGAGAAGUUCAUUAAAGAGGCCAAGGAGGCCGGGGCCAACGGGUUUUUGAUGGUAGAUCUGCCUCCUGAAGAAGCUAUUCGAUUCCGCAACGUUUGCCACAAAUUCUAUCUAUCGUAUGUGCCAUUGGUUGCCCCUUGCACUUCCGAGAAGCGCCUGGAGGAGCUCGCUGGCAUUGCCGACUCGUUCAUCUAUGUUGUUUCCCGUAUGGGAACCACCGGAUUCACAGGAACGCUAGAGGUUCAUAUCGACGAGCUGUUGGCUCGGGUCCGCAAGCAUUCUGGUGAUAUUCCUUUGGCUGUUGGAUUCGGUAUUUCGACCCGUGCACACGUCGAGGAAAUUGGCAAGAUUGCCGAUGGUGCCGUCAUUGGUUCUUAUUUGAUUUCUCUUAUUGAAAAGAACGAGGACAAGGCUCGUGUUGCCGCUCUCAAGGCCUACGUCGCCGAGGUUUCAGGCAACAGAAAAGUCGAUGUUUCCACUAUCCCGAAGUGUGUUAUCACCUCUGUUGACGCCGAAGAUGAGCCUCCUGCUGUGAAUGCUACUAAUAUGAAACUGGAGACUCCUGUUGAGCCUUCAGUUGAUCGGUUCGGCCUCUUUGGCGGCCAGUACGUCCCUGAGAUUCUUCACGAGUGCCUCAAGGAGCUUGAACAGGAGUUCUUUGCUGCCCGUGAUGACCCAGAGUUCUGGAAACUCUUCCGCUCGUACUACCCUUACAUGGGCCGUCCCUCCUCUUUGCAUCUUGCCGACCGUCUUUCUGAAGAGGUUGGCGGUGCUCGCAUUUGGUUAAAACGCGAGGAUCUCAACCACACUGGUUCCCAUAAGAUCAACAAUGCUUUAGGCCAGGUUCUCAUCGCCAAAAGACUUGGCAAGACCAAGGUCAUUGCUGAGACCGGUGCGGGCCAGCACGGUGUCGCCACGGCAACUGCUGCCGCCAAGUUUGGUCUUAAAUGCACUGUAUAUAUGGGCGCCGAGGACGCUCGCCGUCAAGCACUCAAUGUGUUCCGUAUGCGUCUGCUGGGUGCAGAGGUCGUUGAGGUCCAUAAUGGUACCAAGACUUUGCGUGAUGCUUGUUCCGAAGCUCUCCGGGUUUGGGCCACUCGUCUGGGCGACACACACUAUGUUCUUGGUUCUGCAACAGGUCCUCACCCUUUCCCCACAAUUGUGCGCACUCUGCAGUCCGUAAUUGGCCAGGAGACUCGUGAGCAGUUUGGUGCUUUGAAUGACGGUCGUCUUCCCGAUGCUGUUCUUGCGUGCGUCGGCGGCGGCUCAAACUGCGCUGGUAUGUUCUCUGAGUUUAUCCCUCUACCAGAGGUUCGCCUUAUCGGCGUCGAGGCCGGCGGAUCUGGUCUCGAUACCAACGAGCAUGCCGCUACUUUGACUGGCGGUAACCCCGGCGUUUUGCACGGUGCCAAGACCUACGUACUGCAAACCCCCGAUGGUCAAAUCGUCGACACCCACUCUAUCUCUGCUGGUCUCGAUUAUCCAGGUGUUGGUCCCGAACUGGCGUCUUGGAAGGAGAGCGGUCGGGCUAAGUUCGUCGCCUGCACAGAUGCCGAUGCUCUGCGGGGCUUCCGCAUACUUUCACAGACCGAGGGUAUCAUCCCGGCUAUCGAAUCUGCCCACGCAGUCUACCAGGCUACUGUUGUCGCCAAAGAGCUCGGAAAGGGCAAAGAUAUUGUUGUGUGCUUGAGCGGUCGUGGUGAUAAAGAUGUUCAGCACGUUGCAGAGCUUUUGCCUACGUUUGGCCCUAAAAUCGACUGGGAUCUCCGCUUUUAG